AGCAGGUUGUUGACCAUAUGAAGGAUAUCCAGUGGCAUAGUAUGGAUCCGGAUCAGGGUAUCGGGACUGAUAUGGCUGAUGAUGAUAUCGCUGCGGGGGAUAGGAAUGCUGAGCUGGAUACGACGAAGCUGCAUACUGUGGACACGGCUGUGGUGCUGGAUACUGAUGACCAUGCGGCACGGCAACAACAUUUGGAGGAGCAUCAUUCAAUGGUGGCCCGGCAACGGGAGGUGGCUUCUGCUGUUGCAAUUGGCGCUCCUUCUCUGCCAAUAGCGCACGGAGACUUUCGAUUUCAUCAUUCGAGUUGACAGCAGUGGACGACGAUCGAGCAGCAGGUUUGGAAUCCUCCAUUUGGACAUCCUUCACAUUUUGUCGCUGCAUGACUUUUCCAAGUUUGAUUGCAUUGAGCUGAUUGCCGACGCGCUCAUUGGUCAGUUCAUUG